AUGUUUUCCCCAACAACUUUCUUGGGUGCUUUCGCGGCCACCGUUGCUAUCGUUACAGCGGAAUUCAUUUCAAAGUGCGAAACUCCAGUCCUAGAAACGGGGUUUGCCAAUCGAGGCAUUAUGACAGCUCAGUGCAUGAACGAUAACGGCCACUACAUCGUCACCUCCAUAGACCUCAACGCCUGUCUCAAUAACUACCAAGGAAAGCUUUAUAUGGGUCCAUUGAGCGUUAAAUCUUUUUGUGCCUGCUGACUGUCUUUCUUAGUGUGGAGGGUAAAUGAUACUGUUCUAUCUAAGCAGAAAGUCCCUCUGGGGUGAUCUUAAUUUGUGAAAAGAAGCGGAGCCAUGGAUAGUUGUAAUCCUGCCUCAAAUCCAUGCCACUUAUCCAGCUCGAUUUUAUCGGUUUUACAAUGUAAUUGUGGCAACGGGCCAACAGAAAUCAAUCUUAGUAAGAUAGACCCAGAAUGUGAAAGCUUCAUGAAAAGGUCGAACCUGGCUAACUAUAUUGUUCAGAUUCAUGUCUCCACCUUGAACACGGAGUUUUAAAAUGUGGGGAGAAAUGACAGGCUUAUGGGAAUUGAGGAUGUACAAAAUAUACUUCUUAUGAAAGAUUCGACGUUAUUAUGGAUUUCAUACGCAGUUCUGGGCAGUCAAGGAGGAACGAAUUUCAUUCACCUCACUCGAGUUCAUCAUUUCGCUCCAAUUUUGGAGAUAGACCAAAACGCACAUGGCGUCUACCCCAAUGUGGCCAUAUACUCAGCAGCCUUAGAAGCCCAUCCUCUAGACACCUCAUUGAGAUCAUCUCUCAACUUCAAUUCCUGAAUUCAUUUGCCAGAAUUUCCACCUCUCACUAUUUAGUCCACCAGGCCCCUCAUAUUGGGUCACCUCACCCUCGAUCACCCGAUACAUGUUAUUUUGGCUCACCAAUGUCCUUCCCUGACUUUUGUGAAACCAUGUACCAGCCGUCAUAAUCCACACAGUACAGCUGGGGAUAUUAUCGUCCAAGUUUCUGCCGAUUUCAAGUGUCCAUUGCAUCACCCGAAGCCCAAUUGCAGCUAGCUCAUCCGUUGUUUCCGACUCGAACACUUCUUCCACAACCAAUGUCGAUAUGAAUUUAUUGAUACUGAGCCAUUCUUGGGGUGACCAAAGGUGUGUCUUUUUAUGCGGACUGGUCAAAUCCGAGCCAAAUCUUGAUCUGUAGUCGAAGAACUCAAAAAUUAUCUCUAGAAAUACCGUGAAGUAUUCCACGGAAAUCCAACCAUGCCAUAACAGGGUGGGCAAGCUUCACGCACAUAUUCUGGUGGAUCUGGCUGCUGUCCAAUAGCUUUCAUGAGUAACACAAGACGCUCCAUCCAAGGAUGGCCAAAAGGCAGCUGAAUUGCAAUGUGAAUUAUCUCGCCAAAGAAAGUUGAGGAUAACCUAGUGCAGAAAGUAUUGUCUCGGGAUCCUCUUUCAAAAUGGUUCCACUCAUGAAAGGUUCUAAGAGUUCCUUAGCUGCCAUUUCUGGACUCGAUGUUGAUGCCAGGUAAUUUUGAAUAAUUUCGAAUGGCUUGUUAUGCUCCAGCCAGUCAUGCCCUGGAUUUAGAUGAGGCAUGAUGUGUUAAAUAUGAAGAAAAUUGGCGUUGAAACAGCGUUCGUUCAGGGUGGAUAAGGCUUCUUAUUGUGCGAGCGCUUGGUAAAAGGGCGUUGGGAAAUUGGACACGGGCGAACGGAGUUGAAUAAUGAAGUAUUUUGGCAAGAUGUAGGAGUGCCUUCGGUAUUGCAAACACCAUCGAUAAGGAUGGAAUCCGAGCGACAUGCUCCCUUGAGUAUUUUUUGACCUUGGUGUUGGAACUUUACGUAUAGCACAGCCCCAAAGUUCUUGGCAGUUGGUGAUGGCACAGUAAGACAUAAUUACGAAGCCACUUUAUUUCACAUGCACAGCAUAACGAAAUCAUCACCUCUAGCUCCUGGAAAUCUUGGGGACUCUUCAACAAGUACUCCGUACUUUACAUCUCCAGAUACCAAAGAUCUACGGCAAAAGACUCGUCCACGUUCUUGAUCCACAUAAAAAGUGCCUGAACUGUCCAGAAGAUGCGUAGAUAUCUACGUACGGUAUGUCGGGCUAUUUUCAAAUGUAUAUGCAAUUAUAGUUUCUUCGUUCCUAUACUAUAGACACAUUGCUUCCUAACGAAACACAACAAUCUAUCCACUUCACUUCGCUAAUUCUACGGAUAGAAAAGGACAAUGUUGGUUUGACUUAUUCAGUCAAAUGGGUGAUGCAAAAGACCUAUAUUACUAUGGUAAUAACUAAGUCUCUGACAUUGCAUUGUCCGAGCAAGUGUAGCUAGCUAAGUCCCUACAUACUUAUAGAUGCCAUAGUACGCUAUUCAUAAAGGAGCGGAGCAAGCUAACAAUCAUUCACUAUUAUAAACCGACAGAUAAAAAGAAAUCCAAGUACUUGAAUACCAAACAACAUGACUUAAUCAGACGUAGUAUUAUAGCAGGGGUUUAUUGUGAAUUGAGGAAGUGCUUACUAAGUAACUCGGUGGGAUAAAUAUCCCCCAUUCGAGUAAACUCCUGCAUCAACAACACCACAGUUAUCGUCACAUCGCACGAUUCUGGGUUCUUUUGACCCGCCCUCAUACCCCUCUAGAUAGUCUCGCAUUAAGUUAGAAAUGCCCCUGUACAGUAAGCGAGGCCUAGGAUGCUAAUACUUCUUCAUGAUACACUAAAUGGAGCCUUCUGGUUGGUCUAUAAUGUGUGAGAAGUCCAAGCAUUUGAAGCCAGCCAGCGAUAUAAGAAUUCAACAAUAAGCCUCUUUUGUGACGUGACGAAUGGACGAUAAAUCCUCCAUUAUCCUAGUGGUUCCUGCCCAACAUAAGAGAUGUGUUCAAAAAGGCUCGUUUCCAAAACGUAAGAACUCGAAUACUCGUACAGCGAUCAACAAGACGAUAGAAUAUGCACAAUAUGCAUUACUCACCCGCUAUACCAUAACCACCAGCUCCCAGUAUCUAGCUUCAAUCAAUCUAGAAAUAUCACUAGGUAUUUCCUAUUUUUCACCAUCGAAAAGUUCGAAUUUUCAAAGAGAUACAAUUGCUUUAAAUACACAAAUGUCCCUAUGGGUUCUACAUUGGACUCAAGUUUAUUUUACUCGUAUGAAGUAACAUUUCAGGAACAGUAUACAAAAAAUGCAAGCCGUGUUACUUAACAAUCUCCUAGCAUAUGAAUAUCUACCCCAUUUUUAUAUACAAGAGCUCACAGAAUCACAGAAAGAGAUUCAUACUUUGAACUCAGAACAGCAGGAACAUCGUAGUGUACCUUAAGAGUGACAGAGUGAGCGCUGUGAUCAAAGCCCUAGCUCAAAGGAGUCUUGUUCACAUAGUAAGGAUGUUAAUUGAAGAAACUAAAAAGUAGAAUGAUAGAGAAAUAUUAUUUCUACAGGAGCUUAAGAUCUCCCUCUCUGGGUUAAGUUCAAAUGGUUGAUCUGUGGAAUAGCUUCCCAGGCAUCGCUAUGCCAAAGAAUUUUCAUGUGGAAGAACUUGUAAUUUCACACUUCCCCUGUUGUUUUUCCUUAUUCAAUAGAGCUUAAAGAGGUUUUUCUCACCAACCAACGUUGCAUUCUAAAGUCAAUUUCCACGGUCAAGCUCCCAAUGACACGACACUGUUUACGAUAAACCCUCUCAAGUCUAUACCUCGUAUAUAAGCGAAAUGUUGGUUGGAAGUUAGUUGGAAAUGUUGGAUCUCAGUUGGUCCCCCAAACACACAUAAUCUUCCACACAUCUUCAUCAAUCUACCUCCAUACCUCACUCCUCCCCCAAAAAUACUCUCCUCUAAACAUGCCAUCCAUAACCACAAUCCUCACCUAAUUCUUCCCACCCCCCGCCCCCCUCACGGAAACCACCCACCCUUCCCAAGCCGGAAAAGUCUUCAUCAUAACAGGCGGCAGCAGCGGGGUAGGCUUCGAGCUCUCCCAAAUCCUCUACCAGGCCGGGAGAACAGUAUACUGCAUGUCACACCACUCCGGUCGAGGCCUCGCAGCAAUCGAGAAGAUCCAGAGUACCGUAAACACGCGAAGCGAACGAGUCUCCCCCUCGACCUCGCAGACCUCUCCACCAUCGCACCCGCCAUCACCGCCUUCCUCGCACGCGAAAAGCGGCUCGAUGUCCUAUUCAACAACGCAGGACGCGCUAGUAUGCCCUUAGAAUAUAAAACCGUCCAAGGCCACGAACCACACUUCGGCAUCAACUGCGCAGGAACAUGGCUCGUAACCCACCUCCUAGCCCCCAUUCUCCAAUUAACCGCAAAAGUCUCCCCACCAAACACCAUCCGCAUAACAUGGACAGCCUCCGUGCUCGUCGAUAUCAUGGCACCUCUCGGCGGUGUCGUAAUGAAAAACGUCCGCAACCCCUCCACAAACCGCCACGAACACUACUCCGCCUCCAAAGCCGGGAAUUACUUCCUAGCCUCAGAAUGGCAUCGUCGCUUCGGCGUCUCAGGGAUCAUCAGUCUAGCGCUGAACCCAGGGAGUCUGAAGACGAAUACGUGGCGCUCGACGCCGUGGUAUCAUUACUGGCCUUAUUACUUUUUUCUUGGGGAGGCGCUGGAUGGCGCGCGGACGAACCUGUGGGCCGCGUUUAAGAAGGGGAUUACGAGUGAGGAUGGGGGA